GUGUUGGCUGCAGAAGUGGCAGAAAGAUUUGCUUUCUAUGGUUUACUGUGUAAUAUGGCCUUAUUUCUAAACUCAGAUCCUUUGUUAUGGGCUUCAUAUAAUGCCAUCAACGCUAUCCUAAUAUUUACCGGUGUUUCAUAUUUCAUGACAUUAUUAGGAGGAUGGUUGGCUGAUUCAUGUCUUGGAAAAUACAAAACCGUGAUUCUUUUCUUUCUGUUUUAUGUUGGUGGAUACAGCAUGUGGCCAUCUUUGCAUAAUUCUAAAUUGAAUUCGGAUUGUAAAUCUCGAUCUGAGGCACCGUCCUGGUGCUCUUCCAUUGCACAUAAUGGGUCUUACGAUAAUUCCACUAUAUAUGAUAUUUCCUAUGACAGAGUGUCUCUAAGCGAAGAGAGGUGUUCUUGGGCUGUGUUUUUAUCAUUGACUAUAAUUGCUAUUGGCUAUGGAGGUGUGAGAGUGAACAUUGUUCCAUUUGGAGCUCUGCAAGUAGAAGAUCAGGGAAGUCAUUCGUUGAGGGUGUACUUUAACUGGUUGUAUUGGUGCAUCAAUGUUGGCUCGUUCCUGGCCUACCUGGUGCUCGGUUACGUGCAACAGAACAUCAGCUACUUCUAUGGCUACCUUGUGCCACUCUGUUCUCUCCUACUUGCGUGGAUCAUAUUUGCAUCUGGUGGGCUUUUCUUAUAUGUGAGAAAGAAGGAAGCUGGUAGUAGUCCAUUGACAGACGUCAUCAAGGUUCUUAUUUCUUCCAUCAAAUAUUCUUGUAGGAAAGCUCACGUGCUGGAAAAUGAGGAGUUCGUUUCUAAUUUUUUUUAUCCGUCCUCGUCAUCUACAUCAUGUCUUGACCGAGCCAGUUUCUCAAAUGGUGGAGAUCGUCCCGAACAACAUGUUCACGAUACUAAAAUGUUCUGCAAGAUUUUGGUCGUCCUUUUGAGUAUGAUUCCUUACUGGACAAUAUAUUAUCAGAUGCAGACGACUUUUUUUGUGCAAGGCUUGCACAUGAAAUUAGAUUUCAAUGCAACCAACAUGACUCUUCCUGCCACUUGGCUCUCGCUAUUCAACAUAGUAUUUAUAAUCUUACUGGUACCACUACUCGAUCGAGUCAUCUAUCCAUUCUUUGACUCGAGACAAAUCAGCCCAACACUCAGAUUGAGGAUCUUGACUGGAAUGUUCUUUAGCAUGAUAGCAAUGAUUGUUGCUGGAAUUGUUGAGAGAAUAAGACUCGAGAUUUACUGGGGAUCGGACAACAUCGGAUAUCCUCACAUUCAGAUCAUUGCUUGUACAACAUAUUAUGCGGCAAAUAUGUCAAUCUUCUGGCAAGUUCCUCAAUAUUUGUUACUGGCACUUAGUGAAGUCUUUUCAAGCAUUGCAGGUUUAGAAAUGUCUUACAUAUAUGCCCCCCGCUCCAUACAGUCCAUGAUCAUGGGCAUGUUUUACUGGAGCCAGGGAAUCGGAGCCAUUUUGGGGUUCGUAGUUGUCAUGGCCACAGAGGGAUCAUGGUUUCCGAGUCUCGAUGACCAUCCAGACAAAAUGGAAAACAAUUGUCAUCUUGAUUAUUAUUUCUUCACACUGGCAGGCAUCCAAGUUGUUGGAGCCUUGCUAUUUUGUUUGGUAUCUUGGAGCAUGGAU